AUGCUGAUUGACCCUAAGGAAUGCGUUAUACUUGCGUUGCAGGCGGUUGCUGCAGUUCAAAUUCCAUUACAUUCACCAAUUGGAACUUCCAGUCCAUCAAACAAUAGACUAUCAAAACGAUCACCCGUUGAAUUGGGUAGUGGUGAUAGGAAAUGUUUCACAAUGAAGUCCAAUAUUCAUGGAGUCAAUUUGGAUUUACGAGUCGAUUCAGCAGUUCCUGGUAUAAUCGCACCACUUUCUAGUUCAAGCAACGAUGUAGGUUUAGCUAUACAAAGUAUUUCAAGUGGAAAGACCGUUACUAUCAAUUACAAAGGAGAUGAAUAUAAUGGAAUUAGUUCCACAGCCACUGUGACGAUUCCGGGUACUAGGAUAACUGGCAUUGAUUUACCAGUAAUAUUAGUUGAAAAACAAUCGGCAUAUCUAGUUGGUAUCGAUAAUAGCCUCAAGCAAGGAAUACUUGGGUUUGGCUAUUCCUCAUUGUCAGACUAUUACACAUCAGUCACUGCGAUGGAUGUUUUGUACAAGAAUGAUGUCAUUCCUAGAAACGAGAUUGGCAUUCAACUAUGUCCAUAUGAGAUGUUGCAGGAAAGCUUCAUCAAUAUAGGAAACACGGAUAUAACUUCAAAAUGUGGAACGGAUGGAAACAGUAUUGCAUGGGUAGAGUCUCCAUCAGACGGUUACUUUAGUGUCAAUAUCAAGGAUAUACUAAUCGACGACAAACCAGUGAAUCUGCCUGCUGGAUUCCAAAAAAAAAUGGAAGACGGUCAUACUUUGUACUCGGCUGUAGAAACAUGUUCUGAAUAUAUGCAUUUCCCUGGAAUAGUUGUGGCUGCGUUGAUUGAUGCUAUUGUUUGUAGCAAUGCAAUUACUCUCGACAGUUUUAAUUUUAAACACAGGCUCAAUAAUCAACAGAUUAAAAGCCUAUUUUGGAAACGCCAUCUAAUAGCUGAAUCAUACUUUAAUAUCAAGUGGGACAGGCUGCCGACAAUUACAAUUACAAUGUUUACUGAAACCCCCGUAACUGAUGACAACCGCAACUCUGUUGUAGAGAUCAAACUGGGUCCUAGAGACUAUCUACAAAGAUAUAAUUCUGAAAAUUUGGUGUUUGCUGUAGAAGUUGGUCCAAAUUACAAAGCAACUCUUGGCAUAUCAUUCAUGACCCGACUUGGAUUGGUAUUUGAUCGAAAGCAUGCACGCAUUGGGUUUGGUCCUGGAUGUGGAUGCAAAGUCGCGACUGAUGGAUAUCCUAUUAUUUCAGACGGUGAUCAAGUGCUUUGGUCAUCAUCACAAUUGCCUGAACAACCAAGUACUUCAGGUUCAGAUGGCACAUUUAUUCGCAGAAGGAAAUCAAAAACUACAACUGAUCGAAUAGCCGUACCUAAAAAUGUUCACCACGAUAAACUCGACUAA